GGUAGUGGUGGCGAUAGCGCCAACAACUGAAAGAUAAGCGCACAGUUCUCAACUGAAUACGUAUCAGGUCGUGCCGCACAGCUGUUAAGUGCGACAUAUAAAUUGCAUUACCUCGAACUGAGUAAUAAACAAUGUCUCUGACGACAAUAGAAACACAUCAAGAAAUGUUUCUCAACAAGAGUUGUGCUAAAUAAAUCCUAAAGUAAUUUAUAUAUUUAUCAUAUACAUAAAAUAUAUAGUGACAAUAUUUAUUUUUGCGAAAACGUAAUAUAUUGCAAUAACUAAUCAACAAUGGCUGAUUUACAAUUAGAGUUAAAUGCACCAUUAGAACUGCGGAUACAAGAAUUUAAAAAUGAUCCGGAAAAAAUGCAGGACGUGAACGAUUUUUUGACUGAAUUAUUCAAGGAGGCCCAAAGAGAAGCAGAACAGAGAAACGGAAACAAACAAAAAGGCAAAUUGGACGCUUUAGGAAUACAGAAUGGCACGAAAAGAAUUGGAGCAUCAUUCAGCAGGGCACGGUCCUCCGCAAGGACGUUUGCAACACGCAUUUUUACAACAAUUUGUAAUUGUACCAAUCAGGUGAAAAGCGCAGUUACAAAUCGAAAUUAAAACGAGCGAAAUAAGUAAUAUAAUGUGUAUCUGUGUCUAAAUGUUUAUUUGUUGAGCUGUUAUAUAUUUUUUGAGUAAAUAAUGUUGAUGUUAUCUGUAGCCAUAAUUUAUUAUUGUUUUUCUCCUCUGGUGUUUAAAAUAUAAUGCAAUAAUGAGUACGUAUAACAGUACCAAAUAAUUAAUAUAAAAAAAUAAUAUUUUGUAAAUAUGUAUAUUCCUUAAAUACACUGAAAAUUUUACAAUACAGCAAUUAUUAACAAGUAAAAUAUUACUUCAUUCAUGUAAUACAGAAGAAAUUUCUUCACUUAUAAAAUAAUCUUAUUAAACAAUUAAAUAAAUUUAAGACAAUCGGAAUAAAUAAAAAUUACUAAUAAUUAUGUUGGGUAAAGCAAUAUAUUGUAUCAUGUAUGUGAGGUCGCUGGAUAUUUGGUAUUGUUGUAGAAGUUAUCUCCUGUACAUUGUUUAAAAUGAAUGUUUAUACAAA